ACAAUUGUCAAACAUUUUUCUAUCACAACAAUUAUGCAAACGAAUCCUAUGUGUAGAUUAACUACUACAAUUUUAUGAUCUCUUACACUUGUUUAUGUGAGAUUUGAUUGGACUACAACAGUGCUACAAUUCAACAAUAAAAUAGAGUUACAUAUCUACCCUCAUAUAUAUAUAUAUAUACAUAAUUAUAUAUUCGUAGGCCUCUUGUCUUGGCUAUAAAUAUGUCGAGUUCUACCCCUUUUACUCCACACUACUCAUUCCAAUCCAAAUUAACCAAUUAAUAUCCAUGGCUUUCAACAAGGGUUUUCUCGUGUUGCUACUGUUGGCACUUGUGGCUGCAACAGCACAUGCUCGUGUGGAUCUUAUGGGGCUUUUUGUUAAUGAUCAUUCUGAUCCCUUUUGUCCACCACCUGGACCGACAAUAUGUGUAAGUUGUGAAUGUAACGAAGAAGCUGGGGAGUUGGUGUGUGUUCGUAGUGAUUCGAGAAAGGGAAAGUGUCCAUCAAACUGCAGUGAAAGUUGCGCCUGUGACAGGUCUCGUUGCCCUCGUUGUUGGUGCAACUAUAAGGUUGUGGGAUGCCCAAAAAUCUGCCCCCCACCUAGUAUCACCAACGCCCAAGUUGCAUUUGAGAAUCUUCUCACUUUCAAGACAGGCUAAGUAAUUAACAGUGCAGAUGUUGUGCUUUUUCUAAUAAAAUCAUCUUAUUAUUACCUAUGGAUCAAGUCUAUGUUUGCUAAGCUUUGCAUCAACCACUACUAUUGUUGAUGCUUGUCUCUAUUACUAAAUAAAAUGCAAACUGUUGGUAUUUACUUUGAACUUUUUACCUUUAAAAAUCAUGUUAUAAGUUGCCACAAAACAUUGUUACGAAAUGUUAUGAUCAAAUAUUUGGGGCAAAGGAUGAUUAUCAAAUGGAUAAAUCUAUGUCUAUAACAUAUCUAUAAUGAUGAAGUUUCAUAUUCUAAAA